CGGGAAGGUCAGCGGUUCCGUGGCAGCGGGUCCCCCUGCGGCCUCUCAGUCGUGUCUCUUUAUUUCUCCUGUCCCCGUCAAUUUACCCUGCGACGCAUGGCUGCUUCCGGGAAGCUGUCUACCUACCGCCUUCCUCCCUUGCCGACGCUCGGGGAGAUUAUUAAACUCUACAGACUUCGAGCCCGAAAGCAGCUGUCGCAGAACUUUCUGCUGGACUUGAGACUGACAGAUAAAAUCGUACGGCAGGCUGGUAACCUGAAAAAUGCCUAUGUUUAUGAAGUGGGACCUGGUCCGGGAGGAAUUACAAGGUCCAUUCUCAAUUCUGAAGUUGCUGAACUCUUGGUGGUUGAAAAGGACACUCGCUUUAUUCCUGGAUUGCAGAUGCUGUCUGAAGCGGCUCCUGGAAAACUGAGAAUUGUUCAUGGAGACGUAUUGACAUUUAAUGUGGAAAAGGCAUUUCCGAGAUCUCUCCGGAGAGAAUGGGAGGCUGAUCCACCAAACAUACAUAUUAUUGGCAAUCUGCCUUUCAGCGUGUCAACUCCACUGAUCAUCAAGUUGCUUGAGAAUAUUUCUCAUAAAGAUGGCCCUUUUAUUUAUGGCAGAACACAGAUGACUUUGACUUUUCAAAAGGAAGUGGCAGAGAGACUGACAGCAAGUACCGGAAGUCGGCAGCGAAGUAGACUUUCCAUCAUGGCCCAGUAUCUCUGCAAUGUUCAGAAUUGUUUUACGAUUCCAGGACGAGCCUUUCUUCCCAAACCAGAGGUGGACGUGGGAGUGAUUCACUUCACCCCACUGGUGGAGCCACAGAUCAGUCAACCGUUUAAGCUGGUGGAAAAGGUGGUUCAGAAUGUUUUUCAAUUUAGAAGGAAGUACUGCUACAAGGGAGUUGGAAACCUAUUUCCAGACACACAGCGGUUGGAACGAACGAAAGAGAUGCUAAUGGUUGCAGAUGUUGAUCCCACUCUACGGCCUGGGCAGCUGUCAGUUUUACAAUUCAAGAGCCUGUGCGAUGCCUACCGAAAAAUGUGUGAUGAUGACCCCACCCUCUUCUCGUACAACUUCAGGGACGAAUUAAGGCAGAAGAAAAAAAUGCCCACCAAUCUGGAUGAUUAAACAAUUUGGGUAUAAUGUAAGGUAAAAAACACACGAGUUCCUUGAUGGCAAGUUCUGCUCAUCAAAAAUAAACAUCCAUUUCCAGGUA